ACAAUUUACAACUGUUAUUUGUCAAUGAACUUGAUUCGUGUGGUUGUAAAUUUUUUUAAAAGUAUAAUGUUUUAUAAUUAAUUUUUUUUCUGUGGUUUUUGACCUUUCCUUAAUAAAUCAUGUAUGUACUACCUCAUAGUUUUGCUCGGUGCUGUUUUGCACUGAAUAAAAAUCCGUUUUUGGCCAAAAUCGUCCAUAGAUCUUUUUACUGGAAUUUCCUCAAAGAUCAAACUGCAAUCGAUAGUCUUAAAAGUAUUUACAAAUCAAAACUUCUUCCAUUAGAAGUACGUUAUUUGUACAAUGAGUUCCAUGAACCUUUUUUGACUGAUCAAGAUUUUGAUGCCAAACCAAUGGUGUUAUUUGUUGGUCAAUAUUCAACUGGAAAAACUUCAAUGAUAAGAUAUCUCAUUGAAAAAGAUUAUCCGGGUAUUCGAAUUGGCCCUGAACCUACUACAGACAAAUUCAUGGUAGUCAUGGGUGGUGACAAAGAACAAUCCAUACCGGGAAAUGCACUCGUGGCUGACCCAACCAAGCAGUUCCAAGAUCUAUCUCGUUUUGGCAACAACUUUUUAAAAAAACUACAUUGUGGCAUUGUGAACACUCCACUUCUAAAAUCAAUAAGCUUUGUGGAUACGCCUGGUAUAUUAUCAGGAGAAAAGCAAAGAGCACAGCGUGAAUAUAAUUUUUAUGAUUCAUUAAACUGGUUUGCCAGUCGGUCGGAUAUGAUUAUACUCACUUUUGACGCUAAUAAACUGGAUAUAUCUGAUGAAUUGAAAGCCGCUAUAGACGUAUUAAAAGUCCACGAUAGCAAAUUAAGAAUUAUUCUAAACAAAGCUGAUACAAUUGACGAGAGAUCUUUGCUAAGAGUUCAUGGUGCUUUAAUGUGGGCUCUAGGAAAAGCAAUUAUUUGUCCAGAAGUCCCCAGAGUUUAUGUUGGUUCAUUUUGGGACAAACCUUAUAAAAAUGAUGUUAAUAGAAACAUGUUUAGUGAAGAAGAAAGUGAUUUGUUCCAAGAUAUAAAAUCACUGCCACAUAAUUCAGUUAUAUCAAAAUUAAACUAUAUAGGAAAAAGAGCAAAAACUGCAAUUAUACAUGCGUACAUAGUUAGUGAACUAAAGUCACGUAUGCCAUUAAUGGCCAGGAUUUUGUUCAAAGAAAAUCGACAAAGUGAACUAGUCGACAACCUAGAGCAAAUAUACAAUGAUAUAAUCAAUAAACACAAACAUCUGAGUUGGGGUGAUUUUCCAGACAUAGACAACAUGAAGACACUUUUGAGACAAAAAGAUUUUACUACCUUUAACAGUUUGGAUGAAAAAUUAAUUCAUCGUGCGGAAAAUUUAUUAGAUGGAAUGGACAUUGAAAUGACAGUGAAUGAUGUGGAAGUCUUUAGUAAUGUAAUUCCCAACAAUAAUGAUAUCGCUACACCUUUUAACGCAAAAACUAUAGGUAUUAACGAAGGAAAGUUUGGGGAUGGUUGGGUUGUAGAAUAUCAUAGAAAACCGUUUGAUGAAAUAUUUGAAAGACUAGAAAAAAUCAAUGGAAAAGUGAUUAGGACAGCGGCUAAAGAUGAAAUGCUCAAAACCAAACUACCUAAUUCUGUGUUGUCCAAAGUAUGGAAGUUAGCCGAUAUUGAUGAGGACGGUCUCUUAGAUGCAGACGAAUUCUCAUUAGCCAUGUAUUUAAUUAAAAUAAAACUGGAAGGAUCAGAUAUACCAACGGAACUCCCCCACCACUUGAUACCACCUAAAAAGCGGGUUCCUAAACCUACUCCUGCGAUAUCUGCACAUUAAUGCUUUAGUAUUUAUUACUCGAAAGUAUAUAUAUAAAAAAAAAUAUUGUACUGUGAUAAUUAUGUUAUUUUUUUUAAACUAU